CCCACCUCCUGGGUCCCUCCUGGACCCUCAGGGGUUUGGGGACCUCGGACUGGCUGGCAGGGGCCGCACGACGCAGAGAGGAUUCAGGAUGGUAUGUCAACUCUCCCCAAGGAUGUGAGCAUGAUGCUAGGUGCUUUCUGACCCUGUAGAGAAGAUCUGGACACCCCCAGGUCAGAGGAAGAUCCCCACUCAUCCCCCUCACGCAGCUCUACCUGCAAGCAUCACCAUGGCAGCCCAGAAUGGAAACACUAGUUUGGCCCCCAGCUUUCAUCCAACCCAAGAUCAGGCAACCUCACUCCCCCUCAACUUCAGUUAUGGCGAUUAUGAUCUCCCUCUGGAUGAAGAUGAAGACAUGACCAAGACCCGGACCUUCUUCGCAGCCAAGAUUGUCAUCGGUGUGGCCCUAGCAGGCAUCAUGCUCAUCUGUGGCAUUGGCAACUUUGUCUUUAUCGCUGCCCUUGCCCGCUAUAAGAAGUUGCGCAACCUCACCAACCUGCUCAUCGCUAACCUGGCCAUCUCCGACUUCCUGGUGGCCAUUGUCUGCUGCCCCUUCGAGAUGGACUAUUAUGUGGUGCGCCAGCUCUCCUGGGAGCACGGCCAUGUGCUCUGUGCCUCUGUCAACUACCUGCGCACCGUCUCCCUCUACGUCUCCACCAACGCCCUGCUGGCCAUCGCUAUUGACAGAUACCUGGCCAUCGUUCACCCCUUGAAACCACGGAUGAAUUAUCAAACGGCCUCGUUUCUGAUUGCCCUGGUCUGGGUGGUAUCUAUCCUCAUCGCCAUCCCAUCUGCCUAUUUCACCACAGAAACGGUCCUUGUUAUUGUCAAGAGCCAGGAGAAGAUCUUCUGUGGCCAGAUCUGGCCAGUGGACCAGCAGCUCUAUUAUAAGUCCUACUUCCUCUUUAUCUUCGGCCUGGAGUUUGUGGGUCCGGUGGUCACCAUGACCCUAUGCUAUGCCAGGAUCUCCCAGGAGCUGUGGUUCAAGGCAGUCCCAGGUUUCCAGACCGAGCAGAUCCGCAAGCGUCUGCGCUGCCGCCGGAAGACGGUCCUGGUGCUCAUGUGCAUCCUCACGGCCUACGUGCUGUGCUGGGCACCCUUCUACGGCUUCACCAUCGUGCGAGACUUCUUCCCCACCGUGUUCGUGAAGGAGAAGCACUACCUCACUGCCUUCUACGUGGUCGAGUGCAUCGCCAUGAGCAACAGCAUGAUCAACACCGUGUGCUUCGUCACCGUCAAGAACAACACCAUGAAGUACUUCAAGAAGAUGCUGCUGCUGCACUGGCAGCCCUCCCAGCACGGAAGCAAGUCCAGUGCCGAGCUGGACCUCAAAACCAGCGUGGUGCCUGCCACCGAGGAGGUGGACUGUAUCAGGUUGAAGUGAUCUGCGUGAACUCACAAGUCAGUCUUCAGAGCAUCACCUGCCAUCCACCAAGCUCACAAGUUUCAUGGGCAAAGGCAAUUCAUUCAAGUCUUCCUGUCUUCAAAGAUCCCGAUGCUUGUGUGCCAUUCCAUGCAGAGGCUUAGAUGCAAACCACAGCCACUGGUUACUGAUAUCUGCACAACAUCUACUGAGUUGAUACUGAAUGCAAGGGACCAAACGCCUGCCUACUAUAGACAAACCAUACCCGUGAGAUCGCUCAGAGAUGACAGAAGCUGGCCUCUACUGACUGCUCAUUACAUGCAGACACAUUGAAAAGCAAAACAAAAUGGCGGAAGCUCAUGAAGAGUCACCAAGCUAUCACUUAGAUAUCUCAUAUCUAGAAACAAACCACAAGUGGUUAGCGGAACUUGAACUCCGAGUUCUCUCAUUCUGUGAUCUUAUCAGCAUGAGAAUGACAAAUGGCUAUGGAAAGAGGCACCUACACCCAAUUGAAAUGGAAGGAUAGGUUCAUCAGUGUAGAGCUUACAUCCUCACAGCAAGAGAGGUCAAGACAGCACAUUGACCUUCCUACCCAGCUCCUAUUAUCUCCUGAGAUAUCCUCCAGGACUAGGGCUGGCAGAAAAGUUUUUCUUGCAACCAAGCCACGCCUGCUGUGCCUAUCUACAAUGAGAUGAUUUCAAAGGAGAGGAAAUAUUAUAAUCAUUCUGUUGGAUGAAGAUGGGCAAGGCUGAGACAAGACCCACCUCCAGGUCCCAAUACUUCAGUGCAAAGGAUUUCAGGAGCUCUGUGGUCAGGGAGUAAUGGGACAGAGAAAGGAAUGGGGUUGACACUGGCAGUAACAAACAUAGUCUCUAUGGCCAUUUACUGAGACUUGAACCAUUUCCUAAAUCACACUUCUUUAACAAAAAGAUCUCUACUUGGAAUCCAGUCCUGACUCUGGGGACUCAUGUGACCGAAAUGUCUCCUCUCUGAGUGACUCAGUUUUCCUUAAAUGAAAUGAAGAUAAUGAAAGCAUCUGCUCUUCCUGAUUGAUAGGACUAUCGAGAGAGCAUUGUGGUUAUAAUGUGUUAUUUUCAAUUGUGCAUAAGAAUGGAUAACUGAUACAGACGUUUGUUUGGAGGGUUUGUUUGGAAACCUCUUCCACUGUAGUUUAUUAUGGAGAAAUAUCUCCAUUUCUCAUGCAAGAAUCUUUGGGACAGAGAGCCCUGAACUCUUUACACAGGAACCUAGCUAGUGUGUUUUGGUUUUGGAUUUUUUUUUUAAUUCCUCUCUUCAAGCUCCAGGACCAACACAUACACACACAC